AUCAGCUUUUACUAUUAUUAAGCGUUUGGAGAAAGACUUACCAAAGAUCCAAAGCUUAGUAGUGCCAUCCCGUUGACCUCUCUUUAACAAAGGUUUAAAAUCAGAACCACAUUUGUUUCUUAAUACCCUCAUUAUCCUCCCAAAUUCGGAAAACCAACCAAAUCCAAAAUGUCCAAAUUUUCAUUUCCGUUUCUCUGUCUGAUUAUCGCCGUUUCAGUUUCCGGCGGAUUUGUGAACGGAAAUGAGAGUAAGGUCGAGAUAUAUGAGCUCAAAAGAGGUGAUUUCUCCUUCAAGGCCACCAACUACGGCGCCCGGAUGGUAUCCCUCAUUCUUCCCGACAAGACUGGAAAGCUGGUUGACGUUGUUCUUGGCUUCGAGUCCGUUAAGGAUUAUCUAAAUGAUACAAAAAAUUUUGGAGCAUUAGUUGGUCGGGUUGUGAACCGGAUCAAGAAUGCUGAGUUCACUCUAAACGGUGUCGUUUAUCACCUCGACAAGAACAGUGGCAACAACUCCAUUCAUGGAGGAAAACUAGGAUACAACAAAGUCAACUGGACGGUACAAGAAUACGUGAAAGAUGGUCCAAACCCUUUCAUUGUGUUCGGUUACAACAGUUUUGAUGGUGAAGGAGGUUUCCCUGGAAAUCUUUCCGUAACAGUGACUUAUGCUUUGCUUCAUCAUUACAAAUUAAGCGUAAUAAUGAAGGCAAAAGCACUGAAUAAAGCCACUCCAGUCAACCUCGCAACCCAUACUUACUGGAACCUCGGCGGACAAAACAGUGGUAAUAUUCUCUCCGACGAGGUUCAAAUCUUCGCCUCACGUUACACUCCGGCGGACAAGAACAUCCCGACAGGGGAAAUCGCGCCGGUGAAAGGAACACCGUACGAUUUCCUGAAACCGCGACAAGUUGGUAGCCGGAUACAUGAUCCUGCGCUUAAUGCUACAUCGGGAUAUGAUAUCAAUUACGCGCUUGAUGGCUAUGAUGCUAAUAAAAAGAGCAAGGCUAAGAAGAAGAUGUCAUUGGCAGUGAUUGUGAAGAAGAAUAAGAAGACUGGAAUUGGGAUGAAGAUAUCAACCACAGCUCCUGGCAUGCAAUUUUACACGGCUAAUUUCGUGAAUAACAUCACUGGAAAAGGUGGCUAUGUUUAUCAACCUUAUUGUGGGUAUGCUUUUGAAACUCAAGGUUUUCCUGAUGCCGUCAAUCACCCCAAUUUUCCGUCCACGAUUGUGAAUCCAGGAGAGAUUUAUACCCAGUACAUGCUCUACGAGUUCCAGGUUGCUAAGAAAUAUUGAGGUUUUUUCCAUUUCGUUUUGUGCUAUGUCAAAGAGUUAUCCUGUCCACAAGAAGGUUGUAAUUUGCCACAUUGGUCGGUAAUUCAUUAUGAUAAUUAAUACGGUAUGAAUCCGACAUUUUAUGUUUUGUUUUCUAUAGUACCUCUAAAAUUUUCC